AUGGUGGCGGUGGUGUCGGAGGCCGAACGGGAGGAAGCGCUACGCCGCGCGAGGGAAGGACCCUUCCGCCACGACGGACAGGGAUACUCGGCGGAGGUCGUGGAGACGAGCCCAGACACGGGCGAAACCGUCAAGCACACCCUGCAUCCACAGCCGCAGCAGCCGCAGCAGCCGCAGCCGCAACCGCAGCCGCAACAGCCGCAGCAGCAGCCCGACCCGUUCUGCUUUCGCAGUUCCUGCUGUUGGUGCAUCGCGACAAUUUUAUCGGCGAAAGUGGCAUGUAGGGCCAGUGGUGAACGUGUCUUGCCAAGAGAAAGGCUUUGCGGGUUUGGCUCCAACUGUGCAAUUCGACUGGCUAACGCAGCGCACGACCUGCAAGCCGACGAAAGACCCGAGUCGAUCCCAGCGUCGGAGCAGCCUUCGCCGUCGGAGGCACCGUCGUCCCCCGCAGCGCCGACGGUCGAGUCCCCGGCCGAGUCAAGCCCGGGACCCGCGUCGCCUUCUCCGCCUCCGGUGGAUGAGUCGCCGGCUGAGGUCGAAGUUGCCGCCGUGGCCGCAACGGCGUCCGCGUCCUUGGUCGCGUCUCCAGCGCCGGGCUACGCGUCGUCGGGCGGCAGCACCAGCAGCAGCAGCAUCAGCACCGUCGGCGGCAGGCCACACGCCAGGAAGCACGGCCAUUACAGGCGCCACCACCACCGCCAGAGGGCGGGCCAGGCCGCCGGCGACGGCCACCACAAGCGCGUGUUGAUCGAUGAAGCAGCCGUGGGACACGAAAAGGGCAAGGGCAGCGUGAAGCACAGGCGGCGUACCCGCCGUCGAGGACGACCUCCGGCACCGUCGGUCGCCGACGUGCUGGUCAUCCUGUGCGGGUUCGUCAUCACGCUCGUCGUGCUCACCGGACUGGCCGCCUCCACGCGGCACCUGUUCAAGCAGAAGAGCCAGUUAGUCGUUCACCUCCAUCGAAUCAACCAACAGGGGAGGCUCAACGCUGACAGCUUCGCUCCCCCGACCUUGGUGUGCGGCGUGUCCCGACUGUCCGGCAUGGCGGAGCUGUCCGGUAUCUGCUCGCACAUCAUCUACACGGGCGACAUGGACAUAUUCAGCGACGGCGUCGAGUACACGCUCCUGCCUGCCGACGCGGCGAAUUUCGAGGCCUUCCGCAAGCUGGGCAGCCCCGGUUCGCUGGUGCCUCAGCUGCUGACCUCGCUUCCGCUGGCACCCCUGUGGGAGCGGCUGCCGGACCACGUGCGCUGGCACCGCUUCGGUCGCAGCAUGGCGCGCUUGAUAAACAACGCCAGCUUACACGGCAUCGAGGUGCGCCUGUCGCCCUCCCUCGCGCUCAACGAGGACAUCCUAUACAGGCUGCAAGUGUCCUGCCAGGCAAGUGUGCCUCGCCGCGUCGAAGACAAGUCCCCGUGUCGAAACGUUAGGUCCGAUCUCAGGCAUUCCUGCAGGCUUAACAAGAGGUCAUAUUAGUCUGGACAAAUGAAGGAAGUGCCUCCUUU